UGGCAGCGGCAGCGGCGGCGUUUGGACAAAAAUUACCGGACAGAGAUUACUGGACAGUGAUUUCUGGACAGUGAUUACUGGACAGUGAUUUCUGGACAGAGAUUGUACAGCAGCGGUUUCAGGGCAGUGGUUUCAGGACAGCGGUGUCAGGACAGGGGUGUCAGGACAGCGGCGACAGCAGUAGCUGCCGGACGGUGUGAGGGCGAGGGGCCAUGGCCCUUGCUCUCCGCCUCUCCCUCCUCCUCCUCCUGGCAGUGGCCCUGCACGCCAGGGCUGCCCAGGCUGCUCCGGUGCCAGCGCGGGGAGCAGAUGAGGGUGCUGGGAAUUCUUUUUCAGCAGCUUGGCUAGAAGGUGGCUUGGACUCCUUGGGGCCUCCCGCAGGAGUGUCCUCAGGGAGGACCUUUCCAGCUUCUGGGCUGGUUCCUCCACACAAAGCUGGCUCACAUCGUAGAGGUCCUCCAAGAGGCAGAAACCGAUCUCCAGGAGACAAACCAUCCCAGGAGGCACUGGAACUUCUGGACCAAAUGCUGAGUAAAUUGCAGAGACGGAGAGAUGAGGACACUGGGAAUGCUUCUCCAGCAGCUUGGAUGGAAGAUGCUUUGGGUCCCUCGGGGUCUCCUGCAGGGGUGUCUUCAGGGAGGAGUUUUCCAGCUCCUUUGCUUAUUCCUCUGCACAAGCCCAGCUCACAUGGCAGGGGUCCUCCGAGAGGCAGGAAUCAACCUCCAGGAGACAAACCAUCUCAGAAGGCACGGGAUCUUCUGGACCAAAUGCUGAAUGAACUGGAGAGACGGAGAGGUGGGUCUGUUUCCUCAUCCUGAGCCAUGAGACUCAAC